ACGGCCGCAUGCACACUCACUCACGCGCGCGCCCUGUGGCUGUCAGUUGGAGUGAGAGACACAAAGUUAAGACCACCAGCUACGCUAGUGACGUUAACAGUGGACCUGCUCGGUUGUCCUCCUGUCCUCUGAGCUCGCAGCACCGGACCGUCGCAAUGUCUCUUCCCGCCGUCUCGCGCCUCUUCAGGAGCGCUCUGAGGACUCAGCUCGUCUCUGCGGCCAAUUUGUCGUCCAAACCCGCCAAACACCACAUCUCUGGAGGGGAGCAGGCAGUGGCCAUGACAGUCCUGUUCAUAGCCAUGCUGGGUCCCUCUGGCUGGAUACUGGCUCACCUGGAAGACUACAAGAACAAGAAGUAGAGGAGGAGGAGGAGGAGGAGGAGAGAAUGAAGAUGCCAGUCGCCCCCCCUCCCUGCAGCUGUCUCGCUCUGUCCCGUCCUUCAGCCGAUGAGACCAAGUUGUUUGUGCACUUCUGAGUCGCGAUAAUGGGAUCUGUGCACGAGCUCUUACCAAUAAAUACCUGUUGAUUACA